UUUGUAACAUGGCCGCUAAGCGCUCUUGGUCCCCCCGGCCCGGGAAUUCUCGCUCCUAGAAGCCAUUUCGGGGCUCGCGUGUGGUUCUCCGUGAGGCUGCCCGGGGAAAGCCGACCGGACGGCGGAGGCGGGAUUCGCGGCAGGGGCUCCCCGGUGCCACCCAGCUCGUCCCGACAAGCGGGGGCCGGGCGGGCGCGGACCGGAAGUUGCGCCGGCGGCGGAGCCGUUACCACAGCGUGCCGGAAGUGGCCGUGGGCCGGCGUCCGGGCCGCGCCCGCAGUGAGCAGCGUCCCUGCGGCCGGCGACGCCAUGGAGCCCGGGGCGGCCGAGCUGUACGACCAGGCCCUGCUGGGCAUCCUGCAGCACGUGGGCAACGUCCAGGACUUUCUGCGCGUGCUCUUCGGCUUCCUCUACCGCAAGACCGACUUCUACCGUCUGCUGCGCCACCCGUCCGACCGCAUGGGCUUCCCGCCCGGGGCGGCGCAGGCCCUGGUGCUGCAGGUAUUCACAGCCUUCGACCACAUGGCCCGUCAGGACGAUGAGAAGAGGAGGAAGGAGCUGGAGGAGAAGGCCAGGAGGAAGGAGGCAGAGGAGGCCGUGGCGGCCACCGCCGAGCAGGAGCCGGUCCCAGCCCCGGGCCAGGAGGUGGAGGUUGGCCCCGGCGCAGACUCGGGCGGGCCUCAGGGACCCCCAGGCCCACGGGGUGCCGGGCCGGAGGUGGCCCCCAGCUCGGGGGAGGCAGAGCCACCGGGAGCUCAGUCGGGUGCUGCCGAACUUCCGAAGGAGCCCCCAGCUCUUCCCAAGAGGCAGGAGCAGUUCCAGAGAAACCCCGACAGCUACAACGGUGCCGUGCGUGAGAACUACACCUGGUCGCAGGACUACACUGACCUGGAGCUCAAGGUGCCGGUGCCCAAGCACGUGGUGAAGGGCAGGCAGGUCUCGGUGGCCCUGAGCAGCAGCUCCAUCCGGGUGGCUGUGCUGGAGGAGGAGACGGAGCAUGUCCUCAUGGAAGGGAAGUUCACGCACAAGGUCAACACUGAGAGCUCUCUCUGGAGCCUGGAGCCUGGCAAGUGCGUCCUGGUGAGCCUGAACAAGGUGGGCGAGUACUGGUGGAGCGCAGUCCUGGAGGGCGAGGAGCACAUCGACAUUGACAAGAUCAACAAGGAGCGCUCCAUGGCCACGGUGGACGAGGAGGAGCACGCCGUGCUGGACAGGCUCACCUUUGACUACCACCAGAAGCUGCAGGGCAAGCCGCAGAGCCAUGAGCUGAAAGUCCAUGAGAUGCUGAAGAAGGGGUGGGAUGCUGAAGGCUCCCCCUUCCGAGGCCAGCGAUUCGACCCGGCCAUGUUCAACAUCUCCCCGGGGGCUGUGCAGUUUUAAUGCGCGGAGGAAAGGAAGUGCCCGCCGGCCGGAAGGCGGGGUGGCGGCCGUGCCUCCGGCUCCCUCCUGUCAGGGACUCGCUGGCGGGUUUGCCCUUGCCAUCCUUUCUCUCAAGGGCGAACCCGCGGCGCCCGGCCCUACCUACAUCUCCAGACUGUUGGGAGCAGCACGGGGCGAGCGGGACGCUGGCCACCCGCUCCCCUCUUGCUGCCAUGCGCACGCUCUGCUUGCUUUCCUCGUGCUGGGGGCGGGGAGUGGGUGCUGGGCCAGCUGCUGACGUGCGGGGGGGUGGGGGGAUCCCUAGCCUUGAGCUCACCCUGCGCACAUGCGCGUGUGGUCUCGCUUGGCGUUUGUAUGCGUCCACUGCCUGCUCAUCCCCGUCAAGGAGCAGCAGAAAGUGGGGUCCGGGUCACCGCUUCUGGAUGUGGGGACACAGUCCCGAGUGGCCACAGGCGCAGCAGGAACUGUCCUCGAAGUUUUCUCGUGGGACCCGGUUCUCGUCAAAGAGCCGACCGGGUGCCCUCAGGAGACCAGAGCGCGGCAGCCCCUCCCCCUGUCUCUGCUCUGCCCCUGCUCUGCUGGCGGCCGGGGCCUGAGCCGCACCCAGGACUUGCGCCGCCCUGUCGGGCUGUCUGCUGGCAGGUCUCCUGGGACCUCCCCUCGUGGCUCUGCCCUUGGGGCUAAGAAGGAUUCCUUUCUGGGUGAUGGUCUCCAGAAUCUGCCCCCUUCACCUGAGUAGGUGGGAGCUGGCUCGUCAGUCGUGUGGGGGCAGAUUUGUGGCUCACGGAGGCCAGAAAUGGUGGGGCUUCCUGAAUAUCUUCUACCCAGUCCCUGGGAAGCUUCGGGAGGCUCUGGUGCCGUCGAGGGAGAUGCAGACACCAGGUGGCUGGUAUGGGAGCAUCGUCAAGGGGGCGCAGAGCUCUGUCCCCUGUAGCUGGCACUGAGGCUGGUCAUGGAGCUGCUGAGACCCGUCUUUGGGGCCCCCAGGAUGUGCACGCCUUUCCUACGUCGCCAGCAUCUCGUGUGAGAACUGUUCAGGUCUCGGGCCCUUGGGCCACGCCGUGAGGGUCUUCUGGUGUGACAAGGUGGGGCGUGCUCCUGCACCCCAGCUACUUGAGAGACUGGGGAGCUGUGGACUCUGGUCCAUUGUCGUCCUCUGCCCGAUACUAUUUUCAGUGUUGCGUUUCUGCUCGCCCCGCCUGCUGUGACAGUGGCUUACCAGCGUCUGGGGGUGGCAGGCCGGGCCGAGGCGCUGGUCCACAUGGCUGAUGGCGGGCUGUCCUCACGGGCAUCCUCUGCCCCUCGCUGCCAGCCUGGGCCCUGGAGCCGGUGCAGCCUGCGUGUUUUCUCUCUCUAGACGCGGCCGCCGCAGAUUGGCCACUGAGCUCCGUCAGCCGAGGUCCGCGGAGAGCAGGGUGCCCGCCUGCGAAGUCCCUCUCCAGUGUCGGUUUGCAAUAAAUCUGUAUUUAAGCACUU